UCGGUACGAUUUCAAUAUUAUUUGCUAAUAGCUAGCCUAGCUAAUACAAUACUACGAAAGUUUUGUCAAAAUUAAAAAGCCAUUUUUAUAGCAAAGGAAUUAGUUAAUAAAGUCAAUUCAUUAAAAUUAUAAAAAGAAUUUAAUUACGGAAAAAAGGAAAUUUGAACGAUGAGUGCAGAUAUGCCAAGAAAUGAUGAAAGCCAACAGCAAGAGCCAUCACCGCCUAGCAGAAAUUAUAAUGGUGUUCUUGCACAUGCAAAAGAAAAUAAAAUAGACACGGCUAUGUUGGGAACAAGAAUUUUGACAAUUUUUUUCACGAUAUUAUAUGUAAUCCCCAUUUUUGGGAAUUCACAAAAAUAUUUUACUCAAGCAUUAAUAGCUAAUGCGGCAACAAGUGCUUUAAGAUUACAUCAACGCUUACCGCAAUUUGCACUUACAAGAGAAUUUUUAUCUCUCUUAUUAAUAGAAGAUUCUUGUCAUUAUUUAUUUUAUACAGUAAUAUUUUUAUAUGUUUCACCAGUAUUCUUAAUAUUGCUACCUAUAUUUUUAUUCGCUGUCUUACAAUCAUCGAGUUAUACUAUAAAAUUAUUGGAUAUUUUAGGUACAAAUUCGAUGGUUAUUUUGCGGCUAAUUAUUUCAUUUGUUGAAUUUCAAUCAAGAAAUAUCUUACGUUUAUGCGCUUUUUCUGAAAUAUUUUUGAUGCCUUUAUGCAUUAUUUUAGUGUUUAUGGGCCGUGCUGGUUUGUUGACUCCAUUUAUAUACUAUCAUUUUCUCUCAAUGCGUUAUUUAUCCCGCCGUAAUAUGUAUACAAGACAAAUGUUUUCAGAGCUAAGAAUGGCGGUAGAAGUAAUGGCAAGAAACUCACCACCAUUUAUUAACAGGAUAUUACUUGGUGGUAUAUCAUUUGUGACACGCUUAGCUCCACAACAGCAAGCAGCAUAAAUCUAGCUUUAACAAAAAAAAAAAAAUUUUACAUGAAUAUAAGAAAAAAGGUUAGACAAAUUUUUUUUUUCGUUACUUUUUAAAUUUUUAAAACCAACGUGUGUAUUAUGUAUUCUUACAAAUUUAGAUUCAGAAUAUCAGAAAGGUUUUGAUUCUUAUAAAAUAGAACAUAAAUUGUAUAAAUCUAAUUUAGACUCCAGUAUUUUCAAGAUGGCAUCUUAAUAAUAUGUUAAUUUCACUAGAAUUUUUAGUUUAUUAUAUUUUGUCUAAACAUUUGAUAUAAUAUAAAACUUUUGUAUAAAAAUAAAAAAAACUUUGAAGUUUAAUUACAAAAUAUAUAUUAAAAGAAAUUAAUUAUUCUUUAAAUCUUAUUAUA